CCGCGCAGGCGCAGUGCUGACAGCCACGGCCAGACUCGGUGCAGCAUUCUGAUCAGGAGCGGCUUGAACGGGCGUCGCUUUCACAUCUCAACCUGAGCCACAGGGAUCGCAAAUUAAUUUGCCGUCUCUUAUCCGCAAUCCACCCAAAACCAUGUCUGUCGGCAGUGACUUUGGCAACCCGUUAAGAAAAUUUAAACUCGUCUUUCUCGGGGAGCAAAGCGUUGGGAAGACCUCUCUGAUCACACGGUUCAUGUAUGACAGCUUCGACAACACGUAUCAGGCCACAAUUGGAAUCGACUUCCUGUCUAAAACCAUGUAUCUGGAGGAUCGAACGGUGCGGCUGCAGCUGUGGGACACGGCGGGCCAGGAGCGCUUCAGGAGCCUGAUCCCCAGCUAUAUCCGAGACUCCACCGUGGCCGUGGUGGUCUACGACAUCACCAAUGUCAACUCCUUCCAGCAGACUUCCAAAUGGAUUGAUGAUGUCAGAACAGAGAGAGGAAGUGAUGUCAUCAUCAUGCUCGUAGGCAAUAAAACAGACCUGGGAGAUAAGAGGCAGAUCACCAUCGAGGAAGGAGAGCAGAGGGCCAAGGAGCUGAGUGUCAUGUUCAUUGAGACCAGCGCCAAGACCGGAUACAACGUCAAACAGCUGUUUCGUCGCGUGGCUGCUGCUCUGCCAGGAAUGGAGAGCAUGCAGGAGACGAGCAAAGAGGGAAUGAUUGACAUCAAGCUGGACAAACCACAGGAGCCGCAGACGACCGAGGGCGGGUGUUCUUGUUAAUACUCAGCACCUGAUUGGGCACCGUCUUCACCACAUGCUUUUUGUUUUGCUUCCUAUUGGUUAGCCAGUUGAAUUCCCAGAUUUGAAUCUGACCUCUUCACCUGAACAUUGGUCAUUACUUGGAGUCACAGUCUACAUAUGAGUAGUAAAAUAGUGUGCUUUGUUAACGAAAUUGCCACAAAAGUCUCAAAAAUAGGAAAAGCAAACAAAACAAACAGAGAAUGUGCCCAAAAAAUCCCAAAAUGUGUGUAUACUUUUUUGAGGGGUAAAAAGUUUGAAUGUUAGGUUUACAUUUUUCUUUUGUAAUUUUGUAUAUCGAAAGAACUGCUCUGAGGUGACACAGACAACACACAAGUUUACAACUUGUGCUUGAAGUUGCUGUGGGACAAAGCGACGCAAAUCCAGCAGUAACUGCUGAGUAUGUAAUGCAUGAACAUGGUUUCUGUUAAGCUGUCCCGGUCUGUCUAAUGUACACAAGCUUGACCAUGUUUACCUUACCUGUGACUUACUGCACUUACGGAGAAAACGUCUUGUCAUACGUUCUGUUUUGCUUCGACAGUUUUGUGCCACUGGACUUGUACUCUUUGAGUUUACCUUCCACUGUCGAGGGUGUGUGUGUAAAUGUAAGCUUUCUAUAGGCAGCUUGAGAAUGGAACUACAGUGGGCCAAGCUGGUUCAUUCUGGACUCCCAGGUUGUUGCCCACAUCACUAACGGAUCUGAUUUAGUUCUUUGUUUACCCUUGUGUGUGAAGUGGUCCACAGACACACUCCCUGCUGAGUCUGUGUUGUGUACUAACUGGCUGUGUAGUUAUACAUAGGUUGACCCCCCCCUCUCCACCACACACACACACACAUACACACACAACACACACACACACCACCCAAGCGCUGUUCCUUAGUCAUUUAUCACUUAGUCAUUUUCAUUCUGUGGAUCUGACGAUUGUUUUUGACAUCGUUUCUUAGAGGAGUUCGAAGAACCGAGAAUCCGUCAUCCUCGGGGUCGAUGAGCAGUGAACAUUUAAACUCUCUUUACAUAGAAACACUCAUAUGCACACGUAGACCUUUCAGGUUAGCUAAGUAGUUAGGCGCUUCACUUGUAAAUAUUCAGCCGUGUAAUCCCAGGUGGACUGUCCACACAGUGCUGCUCUUUUACUUUGCAGUUCCAGUUAGCACUACUGAUGUUAGCGUUAUGCAAUGCUACGUUGCCAUUCUAUAGCCAGGUUAACAUGCUGGUCACUCUGAUCCUGUUUUUAGAGUCGGGGUGGAGCCUAGCGGGUCGGCAUUACGGUCGACCCGUGAUCAAAACACGACUUUGAGUUUUAAAUGUCUUUGAAGUCAGCCGUUAAUGCACUUUUUAAGAACUUCUUCUAGACUUAGUGGAAAUGUAGUCCUGCGGUUGUACAGACGCUGUAAAAACUGUUCGUUAUCUUUAUAACAUUUGGGGUGCCUCGUGGUGAAGGUCAGUAGAGCUCAGCUUGUAGAGGGGCAGCUUGUCUGGUCUGGGCUGGGAGCAUCUGAUCUGGGCCGGGGGUUGGACCCAUGCGUGGGUCUGUAAAGGAUGGUCAUGUAGCGGUACAGUAAAGAGGGGAUCCAUUAUGUAGCUGAGAUCUCUAGGAGAGACAUUGGGAGCGUGUUGUGCUGUCCAGUCUUUACAUGUGUAAAUCGCUGUCUGACACUAGUUAUUCUCUGAAUAGAGAUGAUUGAGGUCGAUGUCCGACUCACAUUGACGCUUACAGCCGUAGCUGCCCUAUAUAAGAAUCGUAUUUUAUAUUGGGUGAAUUCAUUCAUAAAAAAAAAAAAAAAAGGAGGUUGUCUGGAGUACAUCUGAUGUCUAGGAAUGUGUUUCUCCUCUAGCUCAGAAACUCUUCAAGAAGUUUUCAAGGUGGGGCGGCUGGGUGGGGGGUAUUUAAUGAGGAUGUUAUGGGGUAUUUAAUGGUACGUGAUGAUAGAGGAUGUGGUGAUAGAGAAUUUGCCAUAGAGGCCUACUGCCCUUCAUUUUUUUCUGUUACCCCCCCCCCACCCCAACCCCAUCAGAGCACAGCAGAGCCCACUCCCCUGUCCUGUCCUGAUCAUUCUGUAGAAGAACAUUCCUGAAACCCUGAAACAGAAGGAUGUUUGAGUGACACAGCCACAUCAAGGCCAAGAAGAGCAAGUGGCACUGAGGGCCCCUAGGUGGCCGCAAUGUUCGAGGUGUGUCCCAGGUGUGUGUGUGUCCCAGGUGUGUGUGUGUCCCAGGUGUGUGUGUGUCCUGUCAGCGCUCAGACGAGCAGGCCAGGUGUGUGUGUGUCCCAGGUGCGUGUGUGUCCCACGUGUGUGUGUGUCCUGUCAGCGCUCAGACGAGCAGGCCAGGGUCUCUCAGCGCUGGCUCUUCCUUCACACAGCGUAGAGAUCGAGCAUGUCUGUCCAAAUGAUCAAUAAAGAUGUCUUAUUACCAAAACA